AUGUGCCUGACCAGCCCGUGUCAUGGAGCGCGGAUCCCUGUGGGUUUCAGCAACAACACUCUUGUGUGCAAGGGCGUCAUACGCUCUAUCCAGGAGCCUCAGCCCUCUGCAGUUCGGGUUAUUAAGGUGCGCUUGACUGGCUUGCUUGACCGCCUUAUCCGCAGCACAGACUUCUUUCAGGAGAUUGCCCCAGGUGUACAUGCCACGAGCCUCACUUCGAAGCACCUUGUCGAUUUGAGCUUGUAUCUGCCUUACGAGGGUCUCGCCUACCGCACCACCUUGAUCAAGAUAGAUGGGGAUUGGGUUCUUUCCGAGCUUUCAUCUUCAAUCGCCGACCUUGGCGAAGACUUGACCACUCAGGUUGCCGAUCAGGAGGUAGAGAUGAUCGUGUUCGGUCAUCGUGAGCCGCUGGCACCCAGCGACCUCGGUUUCGCAACUGAUAUGCCAAUUCUUGAUGCGCCGGCCCCUGCACCUCCAGUGUCUUCAGCAGAUCCCGUGUUUGAGGAUUUCUUCGGUGAAGCAAUGCAGGAGGCCGAUGUUGAGUUAGGCGGCGGGGCUGAAGUUGAGUCAGCCGGCGGGGCUGCAGCUGAAGCAGCCGGCGGGGGCGAGGCACGCGAUGGUGCCCUUGAUGAUGCAGUGAUGCAAGGGGCACUCGCUGACGAACGCGAAGCCCAGCCAGACAAGAUUGUUGUCGAUGAUGUCGAACUGAGUCUUGACAGCACCCUGUCAGUGCUUCGCCGUGCAUGCCAGAGCCUUGGUGUCGGGAAAUCAGGCUCGAAAGCCGUGGUGUUCCGUAGGCUGUGCAACCAGCUUGACAGGCUUAAGCUGAUUGAGGCUAGUCGCGCCGCUGAGGUUCCGAAUGCACCUGUGCCCAAUGUGCCGGCAGCUCCGAAGGAGCCCACACCAGAGCAGCGACGAGCCCACGAGGCUGUACACGCCCCAUAUGAAGCAUGGUGCCAGCACUGCGUGGCCUUUAAAGCAAGGGAUGACAUGCACAAGGCUGCCAAUACUGAUCGCAAAUUUCCUGUGAUAUCCUUCGACUACGGCUUCACUGGCCGAUCGGAGGAGGAUGGCCCUCACAACAAGCUUGCCUUUCUGUGUCUUCACGAUUCUGAGAGUGGCUGGCGAGAGGCCAUCCCGGUGCCAGGCAAGGCAGGCGUGCAUGAUGGGAUCAAUGUCACCAGCUACCUUGCUGCUGAGAUUUGCAGGUUGCUUAGCAUGCUAGGCUACUCCAAAGUUGUGCUUCAAUGCGACCCCGAGCCCACAUGCUUGAAGCUACGCAAUGAGGUGAGGCGCAUGCGGCUACAGCUGGGUUUGCAAACUGAUGUGCAGCAGUCAGCUGAGGAAAGCCACCAAUCCAAUGGAGGUGCCGAGGUUGCCGUGCAAACGCUGCGGCAGCAGUGCAACACUCUGCUCUCGAUGUACGAAGCAGAGACCAAGCUUAAGGUCGCAACGGCCCACGCUCUCCAUUCAUGGUGCCUCCGGCAUUCUUCUUGGAUCCUGAACAGAUUUGUGCUGCGACCCGGAGGGCUCACUCCUUUCGAGAUCAUACAUGGCCGUCCUUACAAAGGGAAAGUGCUACCGUUUGGCGAAACUGUGAUGGGAUUGGUUUCUCCCGGGCCCAAGGGCAAACCGCGGUUCAUCCAGGCCAUCAUGAUCGGAAAGUGCACUCCGAAUGAUGAGUUCAUCUUGUGUUCUGGAGCCGGCAAGCUCAUGUUGGCCCGCACCCUCACAACAAGCUUGCCUUUCUGUGUCUUCACGAUUCUGAGAGCAGGCGUGCAUGAUGGGAUCAAUGUCACCAGCUACCUUGCUGCUGAGAUUUGCAGGUUGCUUAGCAUGCUAGGCUACUCCAAAGUUGUGCUUCAAUGCGACCCCGAGCCCACAUGCUUGAAGCUACGCAAUGAGGUGAGGCGCAUGCGGCUACAGCUGGGUUUGCAAACUGAUGUGCAGCAGUCAGCUGAGGAAAGCCACCAAUCCAAUGGAGGUGCCGAGGUUGCCGUGCAAACGCUGCGGCAGCAGUGCAACACUCUGCUCUCGAUGUACGAAGCAGAGACCAAGCUUAAGGUCGCAACGGCCCACGCUCUCCAUUCAUGGUGCCUCCGGCAUUCUUCUUGGAUCCUGAACAGAUUUGUGCUGCGACCCGGAGGGCUCACUCCUUUCGAGAUCAUACAUGGCCGUCCUUACAAAGGGAAAGUGCUACCGUUUGGCGAAACUGUGAUGGGAUUGGUUUCUCCCGGGCCCAAGGGCAAACCGCGGUUCAUCCAGGCCAUCAUGAUCGGAAAGUGCACUCCGAAUGAUGAGUUCAUCUUGUGUUCUGGAGCCGGCAAGCUCAUGUUGGCCCGCACCGUGCGCCGACUUGCCACUGGCUUCACUCCAGCCUUGCACGACUGUGUCCGUGAUCCUCCUUGGCGCCACCCCGGGUUUGUAGCGGGUUCCUUAGGUAGGUCCCGAGCCCAACGCAAGCCGAAGGUCCUUCCGGCUGGCGGUGACGCAAGGUUGGUAGUUGAGGAUCAGCUUGGUGGGGUUUCCGACUUGCUAGGUGAGCUCGCGGCCUUGCCUGAAGGUCCUGGAGAGAUCCCUGAGGAUGCGCGCGAUUACAGCCCUUCUCAGGAAGCCGCUUCUGAUCCUGAGAGCUCUUCGCAGAUGAGUGAGGAUGACCCCGAUGGUCAUCGUUCCGGUGAGGCUGCUGCUCCCGCUUCUGGCGGCACUGACGCCGCAGAGCUUCCGUUGCAGUCUGGUGCCCCCGUUGCACCGCAGGCUGUUGCUACAGGUGAUCCUUUGUUGACCCUGCCACUUCAGUUGCAAGGGAACGUCCCAGGCCAGCAGGUGAGGAGGGUGCUCCAGGUCCGUGCAAGGAUUGCAGCCGCAACUGUGUGCGGUGUGGAGUACCACCAUGCCGACGAGGAUUCCGAUCUUGCAUUCUCCCCAGCGGACAUUGAAAGCAUCAAUGAUCUUGACGGCCUGUGUUCAGAUGAUGAAGAGGAGGAGUGUGAGCAAGGCCUUGCCCCUCCUGAUGAGCUUUAUCGGCCUUUCUCACCACAUGAGCCUGCCCUGAGCCCCGAGGAGCUUGCUGACCUUGAUGCGCUGUGCGACCACCACGAGAUAGCUAGGCUCAAGGCAAUGGGUGUGAUCUACCAGCCUGAGUCAGGCAAUGAGGACUGCAAGUCAUUGACGGUGAAGUUCGUCCGCAGCUGGCGACCGAAAACGCAUCCAGUCACUGAUGCCCCUGUGUGGCUCAGGAGAUCUAGGCUAGUGGCCCGGGAAUUCAGGUUCAGAGAUCCCCUCAGGGAAGGUUUGUACAGCCCUGCAUCCCAAACUGUGCUGCUCAAGCUUCUGCCAGGCUUGUACAUGUCUCGCAAAGGGUAUGCCCUGUUGUCCUGUGAUAUAUCAGACGCCUACUUGACUUGCGAGCAGCCGUGCCCGACCGUGGUGACGCUCCACGGCACUACGUACCGUUUGGCAUUUAUGCUACCGGGGCAGCGGGAUGGCUCAGCGGCGCUGUUUGCUAUGCGCAACCACUCCGGCGGAGGACUCCUUCACGUAGACGACUUGUUGGGGUCAGGCGAGCAUGCUGAGCUGCAGAGACUUGCGCAGAUCAUAGAGUCAAAGUACAAGUGCACUCUUGAGUGGCUUGUUUGCGAAGGCGACAGCUUGCACUUCUUGAAGCGCAAACAUACUUUGGCCCGUCAGGAUCUGCUUUGCAUUCAGAAAGCUGACAAACAUAUCAUGAAACUUGUUGAGCUUUUGCAGCUUGAGCGCCAUUCCCCGAAGCCCACUCCGUUGCCAUUGCAGACACUUGAUUUGGCCAAGUCAGAGCCUCUCCCAGAGGAUCAGGUGUCAGUUUACAGGUCGUGCAUCGGGAUUCUGAUGUACAUCUCUGCGGACACUGCCGAUAUGCAACAUUCCAUUCGCAUGCUCUCCCAGCACCUUGCCUGCCCAACCGAGGCUUGUAUGAAGGCCCUCAAACACCUGGUUCGAUAUGCUAAAUCAACCAGCGGGUUCUGCCUUGGGCUGGAGCGCACGCAUGCAGGACAUGGCACCAGAGUCCAGUGUGAUACCGGCGCCGACGUGCUGGAGCUGUACACAGACUCCGACUGGGCUUCCGACCACACCACACGCCGGAGCGUGAGCGCUGGGGCCUUGUACUUGAAUGGGAAUGCGAUUUACACGGCGAGCCGCACGCAACGAGUCGUAGCUAUGUCAAGCUGCGAGUCGGAGCUCAAUGCCCUUGUGUCUUUUGCAGUCGACUUGAUGUAUGUGAAGGAGGCCCUGCGGUUCAUUGUUGGAGUCAUUCCCGAAAGCCAUGCCUUUAGCGACUCUUCCUCAGCUCGUGCUGUUGUGAACAAGCAAGGGCUCUCCAAGCUCAAACACGUCGAGAUCAGAUUGCUGUGGGUUCAACAGGCCCUGAAGGAUGGAGCAUUCAAGCUCCACCCGGUCGGGACCCUUGACAACUCUUCGGACUUGAUGACCAAGGUGCUUAAGCGUGAGCGAAUGCUGUACUUGAUGUACCUCUUGAAUAUCAGGGAUGGUGAUGCUCAGUUCAAUCGCGUCGGAGAGGCCCAGGCCGUUGCUCGUGACAACAACCUGUCCUUGAAGCUUGCGGUUAAGGCAGUAAAGGCAUUCAGGGGACCCCCGCAACGGGUGCAUUCGCUCCUGCAAGCGCUGACCUUCAUGUCCUUGAUCGAUGCCAAUCAGGCACGCAUGCUUGACUCCGAGAGCCGUCCGCAUGUGCUUGAAAGCGCCUUGAGCGGUUGCGGAUUCAUCCUUGUGUGCAUCGGAUGCCUCGCGGUGCUAUGCAUGAGCCUGCAGGGUUGCCAAGCUGAGAUUGCAGAUGAGCUCCCCGACCCAUGGGUUGUAUG